CUCAUACACCACAAUAUUUAUAAAAGCAAUGAUUGCAAUAUGCAAUUUUGGCAUGAUAGGGUGUUUCACUUGACAAUUUGGAGAUACUCAGAGUCAUUUAUGGCAUCUUUCCAACAUAUCGCAACAGCCCGCUACCAGCUGCUUUUAAUAGAGUUCUACAGUUUGGUGACGCAAGUGGCAUUCAGUCACCUGUAUCAUUUGGUGGCUUUGGUAGCUUGACCAGGCACCUUGGUAGAUUGUCAGAAGGAAUUUAUGAAGCAAUCAGUGGUGACUAUCUUGACUCACACAACUUGUCUCUGUUGAACCCAUACAUGCCAAACUUGAGUGCUUCGUGGCUGUUUCAAAGGGCAAUGUCAGCGAAGCCGCAGUCCAAUGUUUCCCCAGAUUUUAUUAAUGAACUGCUUUAUGCCAAUUUCAACUCUAUGCAGAGACUUGGAGAUCCAGUGCUACGACCGUUUCUACAGGAUGUUGUACAGUUUGGUCCUCUUUCCAAGACCUUAGGCCUGGUUAUGUUAUCUAGGCCUCAAAUACUCCCAUCCAUAUUCAAACAGGUUGGUAUUCCUGUACUUCUUGACUGGUCCACACAUUAUUUUAUGCUUGGAUACUACACCUUUCUCUCUACCUAUGCAAGCCCUAUUGUGAGGCCAUUCUUAAAUGCACUACCUUCCAAGAUGAGAUUCAAGUGGAAGAGGCACCUUGAGACUUGGAAAUAUGGAGCUGGACUUGACUACAAGCUCUAGAUAACCUCUUUUAAGUGAUGAUACAGAUUUAAACAGAAGAUAGGGAUGAGGAAGUUGGGCAAUUUUUUUAAAAAUAUUUUUUAUCAGAAAGUUUGGCGCUUUCAGUUUCUGAAUAGAUUCUUUCCUUGUUUACCUCUUAUGUUAUUUCCAUUCAUUGGAAGUGACAGAAUUGAAAAUCAUUGAAAUAUUUCUCUCAGAAACGUGUCUGAAUCUUCCAGGGAAAUAUGCGACGAUUUGUUUUGGUGUGAUAA